CGGGCGGUGCGGUAUGCCGAGGUGGCCGGCCUGCCUGUGCAGUAUGGCCUCUAUUCUUCCUUCAUGGGCUGCUUUGUCUACUGCUUCCUGGGAACUGCCAAAGAUGUGACGCUGGGUCCCACUGCCAUCAUGUCGCUGCUUGUCUCUUCUUACGCGUUCCAUGAUCCCGUCUAUGCCGUCCUGCUUGCCUUCCUGUCGGGCUGCAUCCAGCUGGCCAUGGGGCUCCUACGUCUCGGUUUUCUUCUGGACUUUAUAUCCUGCCCAGUCAUUAAAGGGUUCACUUCAGCUGCUUCAAUCACCAUUAGCUUCAACCAGGUCAAGAACAUCCUGGGACUGCAGGGAAUCCCUCGGCAGUUUUUCCUGCAGGUGUAUCAAACGCUGAGGAGGAUCGGGGAGACCAGGGCUGGGGACGCCAUCCUUGGGCUGGUCUGCCUGGUGGCACUUACAGGGCUCGGGGCAAUGAAGAGUCGCCUCCCCAGAGCUCCCAGUGUGGAGCCGCUGUCCACCAGGGUCAGUUAUCUCAUCGUCUGGAUCUCUGCCACGGCGCGUAAUGCCCUCGUGGUCCUGUUUGCUGGCCUGGUUGCUUACUCCUUCCAGGUGAUGGGCUCUCAGCCGUUCACGCUCACUGGGAAGAUCCCCCAAGGACUUCCUGCGUUCCAACUGCCGCUGUUUUCUGAGGUCGCCCCCAAUGGCACUGUCCCCUUCAGCAGGGGGUUCUACCAGGACAUGGGAGCCGGACUGGCCGUGGUCCCGCUCAUGGGCCUGCUGGAGACCAUUGCGAUUGCCAAGGCUUUUGCCUCACAGAACGAUUACAGGAUUGACCCCAACCAAGAGCUACUGGCUAUGGGCAUCACCAACAUCCUGGGCUCUUUCGUCUCAUCGUACCCUGUCACAGGCAGCUUCGGGCGGACAGCGGUGAAUGCGCAGACGGGUGUGUGCACCCCCGCGGGCGGGCUCGUCACAGGUAGAGGCUGCGCCCCCUCCGUGCCCAGCACCGCCUACCUGACCUCCUUCUUCUACUACAUCCCCAAAGCGGCGCUGGCUGCCGUCAUCAUCUGUGCUGUGGUUCCGAUGUUCGACGCUGGGAUCUUCAGGACACUGUGGCGGGUUAAGAGGCUGGACCUUGUGCCCCUGUCCGUGACGUUCCUGCUCUGCUUCUGGGAGGUCCAGUACGGCAUUGUGGCCGGGGUGCUGGUCUCAGGGGUUCUCCUGCUCUACCCCAUUGCCAGGCCCCCAAUAAAGGUAUCUGACCGGGGAGAGCUCCUCGUGCAGCCUGGGAGCAGCCUGCAUUUCCCAGCCAUUGAGUACCUGCGGGACACUGUGUGCAGACACGCUCUGGCAGCGUCUUCACCAUGCUCCGUCAUCCUGGACUGCCGCCACAUCAGCAGCAUCGAUUACACAGUGGUGGUGGGGCUGGCAGAUCUGCUGCAGGAGCUGCGCAAGGAAGGCCUCUCCCUGGCCUUCUGCGACCUGCAGGAAAACGUUCUCCAAGUCUUGCUGUCUGCAGACUUAGAAGAAUUCCAGCAUUUCACCAGCUGGCAGGAGGCAGAGCAGCGCGGCAAAGCGGAGCUGGGGAGCAGCCGGGCCGCGCUGCUCCCCUGCGCCGAGAGCUCGCCGCGGGCCUCGGGGCGCAUCCAGCCGGGCGCCUUCGCAGGGGGCGCGUCUCGCUGAAG